UGGCGGCGGAGCGGACGGCGGCGGCGGCGGCGGCGGGGAGGGCCCAAGCGCCCCCCCCGGGACCGGGACCCGGCUCAGGACCCCCCCCCGGGACCCGGGACGGCGGGGAGGGGCGGGCUGAGCCUCCCCGGCAUCCUACACUUCAUCCAGAGCGAGUGGGCGCGAUUCGAGGCCGAGAAGGGGCGGUGGGAGGCGGAGAGGGCCGAGCUGCAGGCACAGCUGGCGUUCCUGCAGGGCGAACGGAAGGGUCAGGAGAACCUGAAGACGGAUCUGGUGCGGCGCAUUAAGAUGUUGGAGUUCGCCCUGAAGCAGGAGAGGUCGAAGUACCAUAAGCUGAAGUUCGGCACUGAACCGCCCCCCGUGGAGAGGAAGGUGGAGGUGGUGGAGAUGGCUCCCAACGGCCCCGCAGAGGUGGCGGCGUUGGAGGGCGGCGCUGCGGCAUGGAAGGACGGCCGGGGGCUGCUGAGGCAGUACCUGGAGGAGGUGGGCUGCAGUGACACUGUGCUGGACAUGCGGUCCCGACGCGUGCGGGCGCUGCUGGCGCGGGGUCCCCCCAACCCCCCCGCACCCCAAAACCCCCCCGGCCCGGGGGAGUCACUGCUGGUGCGGCGCAUCGAGGAGCAGAUCCAGAGGAAUGCAGGGAAGGAGGCGAAGGAGCCGCCCCCAUUCCUGCGGCCGUGCGAGGAUGAGGACAGCGAUGAGGAUGAAGAUGAGACCCCCCCCGGGGACGGGGAGACCCCCCGGCAGCACAGAAAGCAGCGCGGAAAGCUGCCCCCCCCACCGCUGCUGCCGGAGGUGGACGACGAUGAUGAUGAUGAUGACGACGACUCAGAGGACGCCCUCAAUGAGUUCCAAUUCCUGGGCUCAGCGGACAGCGGGCAGCGCGGAGGGGAGGGCGGCGAGAUGGAGUGCCGCCGUGUGAGGCUGCAGGGGAUGUUGGCCGACCUGCGGGACGUGGAUGGCUGCCCCCCACGGCGCCCCCACUGCCCCCCCCUUAUUGCCCCCCCCCGAUGCCCCCAUUGCCCCGCAGGCUCCGCGGCCGUCCCCUCCGAGGUCUUCAUCAUGGACAGCAUCGGGGCCGUCAGCCUGGGGGACCUGGCGGACCUCACAGUCAGCAACGACAACGAGCUGGGCUGCGACCUCUCGGAGGGCGGCGGCGCCCUAAAGAAGACCUGGAACCCCAAAUUCACCCUACGCAGCCAUUACGACGCCGUGAGGGGCAUCGCCUUCCACCCCACCGAGCCCGCCCUGCUCACCGCCUCCGAGGACGGCACCGUGAAGCUGUGGAACCUCCAGAAGGCCGUCACGGCCAAGAAGAGUGCGGCGAUGGACGUGGAGCCGGUGUACGCCUUCCGAGGGCACAGGGGUCCGGUGCUGGCGGUGGCUGUGGGUCGGGACGCCUCGCUGUGCUGCAGCGCCGGCGCCGACGGCUGCGUGCGCCGAUGGAGACUGCCCGACCUCAACGUGGACCCCUACGACGGCUACGACCCGGCUGUGCUCUGCGGGGUCCUGGAGGGCCACACGGACGCGGUUUGGGCUCUGACCUUUGACCCCUCCGGGGAGCGCCUGCUGUCCUGCUCUGCCGACGGCUGCGUGCGCCUCUGGGACCCGCAGGGCGCCAAUGGAGGCUGCCUGCUGACAUACAGCGCGCCCAGCGAUCUGGGGGUCCCCACCUCAGUGUCGUGCUGUCCGUCCGCCCCCUCCCACGCGGUCUUUGGGUUCGGCUCCGGCUCCGCUCUGCUGUACGACAUGGAGGCGGCGCGGCCGCUGCUGGCCAUGGAGCAGCGCUGCGGGGGCUCCGCUCCCAUCAAUCAAGUAGUUGCCCACCCCUCCCAGCCGCUCUCCAUCACCGCUAACGAAGACCGCGGGAUUCGCUUCCUGGAUCACCGCACGGGUCACGUGGUGCACUCCAUGGUGGCACAUCUGGACGCCGUCACCUGUUUGGCCAUUGACCCCAAUGGAGUCUUCCUCAUGUCCGGCAGCCACGACUGCUCCCUCCGGCUGUGGCACCUUGGCAGCCGUUGCUGCGUGCAGGAGCUCCCCGCGCACCGCCGGAAGCACGACGAGGCGGUCCACGCCGUCUCCUUCCACCCCCACCGCCCCCUCAUCGCCAGCGCCGGCGCCGACUCCCUGGCCAAGGUGUUCGUCUGACCCCCCCCUCCCUGCAGCCCCCCCCCCCCCACCCCAAACCCCGGGGGUGGCACCUCUUAAACCCCGGCCCCCCCCCCCCCCCCCCCCCAUACCCACCCACUCGCUUCUUUUCCCAACCCCCACGUUGCCUCAGGGGGAGGGGGCUUUGGGGCACUGGGACCCCCAAAGAGGCAGCUCUGACCCUAUUAGGGGCAAUGGGACCCCCAAAGGGGCAGCUCUGACCCUAUUAGGGGCACUGGGACCCCCCCCCCCCUCAGGGGUGGCUCUGACCCUAUGGGACCCCCCCCCAGGGGCAGCUCUGACCCUAUUAGGGGCACUGGGACCCCCAAAGGGGCAGUUCUGUCCCUAUAUGGGGCACUGGGACCCCCAGAGGGGCAGUUCUGACCAUAUUAGGGGCACUGGGACCCCCAAAGAGGCAGUUCUGUCCCUAUAUGGGGCACUGGGACCCCCAAAGGGGCAGUUCUGUCCCUAUAUGGGGCACUGGGACCCCCAAAGGGGCAGCUCUGACCCUAUUAGGGACACUGGGACCCCCAAAGGGGCAGUUCUGACCCUAUUAGGGACACUGGGACCCCCAAAGGGGCAGCUCUGACCCUAUUAGGGGCACUGGGACCCCCAAAGGGGCAGUUCUGUCCCUAUAUGGGACACAGGGACCCCCCCCCAGGGGCAGCUCUGUCCCUAUUAGGGGCAAUGGGACCC